UCCGUUUAAUAUAUCACUCGACAUGUGUUUAGAUAAUCUGGUUUCGUUAGAUCAAAGAAGCCUCUAUCAAAUGUUGGUCAACAUCAGGAGUCAAGGUCAAGACAGUGACAGUAACUAUGGACUCUCCAACUGUAGUGACACAAACUGGGAUGCACUCAAUGGUGAGUGUCUUGAACUGCGAUGUUCUCCUGGCAAGACAUUAAAGGCUGGAACUUGUACUUCCAUAUUUCAAGACAUUAAAGGUUUGGUCUAUAGAGUGAGGGCGUUACUUGUAUUUACUGACAAUGAUUGUGCCAGUAAAUAUUUGACAAACUCCAUCUUACUGGACCUGGCCGAACUGCAGAUAAAACAAGAUAUCUCCACUAGAAGUGAUGGCUACAUAUAUGAAGUUGGAGUUGCCCAGGAAUGGAAUAGAACUGUCACUGAUAGAGCAACUCCUGUCUUGUGGGCAGACAUUUAUGUUUUAGCUUCAAGGUUACUGACAAGAGAUUCUUUUGAGAACAUUGCUCUGGACAUUUUCUUUGGGAGCCGAUACAAGCUAGGAGGAAAUACUUUUGUCUAUUAUAACCUAUUAACUGAAGCUAUCUCUAGCUUUACGAACACAUCAGGUCUGAAGAGAGGAAAUAUUGGAGUUGAUAAAGCUUACAUUGACUUUCUGAUUCUUGGUUUGAAACAUUCCCUUACCCUGUCCUCAACUCUGACUUGCAGUUUUCUCACAUUUCAACAAACAAACUUUACUGUCCAGUGGAACAAAUUUAACGAAGUAGAAAACAUUCUAGUGACCCUGGAUGUGGGUGGGACAAAGCUAAACAUUUCUAACAUGUCAGAUUUCAAUAGCAUGGAAGUGACCAGAAACAACGAAUUACAUGUUUGUGCUAAGAUCUUGGACAAAUAUGUGAAAAAAUCAAGAGAAUCAAGGAAUGUUAAUAGACCAAUGAACGAGGCUCUGAAUAUUUUAACUUAUGCAUGUAUGGGUGCCUCAGAGUUAUGUCUCCUGCUUACCUUGGUUACGUACCUUGCAUUUCCUGAACUGAGAACUGUUCCAGGCAUCAACAACAUGUUCCUGAGUUUAAGUCUACUUCUGGCACAGCUGGCGUUGAUUCUAGCUUCCAACAGCUAUGGACCCAGUACACUCUGUACAUGUAUUGGUAUUGUGACACAUUUCUUGUGGCUGUGGCACUUCACUUGGAGUUUCCUGUGCAGCCUUCACAUGUUUAGAGUCUUUACUGCCAAGAUUCCAAGUCAUGUAACCAAAGAUGAUAACUUUUGGUUGCGGCUUUUGAAAUUGACUUCAGUGUCAUUGCUUGGUCCAGUGUUGAUAGUGAUUUCAGUUGUUGUGUACUCCUACGUCACGUCAAAGACCAUUGGGUAUGGACAGUAUUUGUGCUAUCUGGACUCCCCGAGUAGUAUUGGUGUGUCCGUGGUUGCUCCAGUCUGUUUGGUUUCAUUCUGUAACUUGAUAUUUCUGGCAAUAACAAUCGCAAGCAUACACCAAGUCAAUGCACUGUUGACCUUUGUGUCCGUAAAGAUAGACCAGUACCACAAUCUGGUUCUCUACGUCAAGCUGUCAUCUGUGACCGGGGCUUUUUGGAUUGUGACCAUUGUUGCUGAAGUCGGGGAUAUCGAUGUGUUAAGGAUCCUUGCAAUUCUGUUCAAUGGACUUCAAGGUGUCUCCAUUUUCAUCUCCUACAUCUGCAACCCAAGAGUUUAUCAUUUGUAUUUCAAGAGGUCUCCUCAACAGACUUCCUCGGCGCCACCAACAACAGAGACACUUGACUAAAUGUACACUACAGGAACUAUAUCUGUACAUCGGACAUUUUGUCUCAUUACAUUAUUGUAGCCUUUGUUUAAUUACAUUAUUGUAGCCUUUGUCUAAUUACAUUAUUGUAGCCUUUGUCUCAUUACAUUAUUGUAGCAUUUAUCUCUUCACAUUAUUGUAGCAGCAUUGCAUUUAACAAAACACUUUGGCUGCAUUUCAAUGUAAUUCAACCAUUAAUUUACACACUCUCGGCCACUCUCAGCUAUUCUCAAUGUUGGGCCAACCCUCACCACCCCCAGAGAUACAAAUAUAUAAGAAAGUAAGACUUUUUGUGGUCAUAAAGUACACAGUGUUUUAUUUGAGUUCUUCUAAUGGACUUGUACAUCUAACCGUGAGCAAGUGCAGCCACGACUUGCUCUAAAGUCUCUGGUAAAAUAAAAAAAAAAGUCAUGC